AUGGAGCCAAAACACAUUGCUGCAGCAACCACCGGUUCUAACGGAUCUUCGGCGAACUCAAUGUCUGAAGGAUGCAUCACAUUAUGGUGUCCGUGCGUCACUUUUGGACAAGUUUCUGAGAUUGUGGAUAGGGGAUCCACCGCUUGUGGAUUAAAUGGUUACUUUUACACCCUCCUAGCUUUUGUGACUGGCUGUUGGAUGUAUUCUUAUUGUUGUCGUUCAAAGAUGAGGAAGCAAUAUUCAUUGGAAGAGGACCCAUGCCCUGAUUGCUGUGUCCACUUCUGUUGCGAGCCCUGUGCCCUUUGCCAAGAGUACCGUGAGCUUAAAAACCGUGGGUUUGACAUGCAUAUUGGAUGGUAUGCAAAUAUGAAGAGGCAAAACCAAGGGAUUCCAAUGGCUCCUCUGGUUGAAGGAGGAAUGAACAGAUAA